AUGGUGGACGUCUGCAAGAAGCAGCCGAAAAUUGUAAUUGUUGGAGCAGGAGUAGCUGGUCUAUCGGCGGCACAGAGACUCGUACAAUGUGGCCUAAAAGAUUUCAAAGUCUUGGAAGCCACAGAUAGACCUGGUGGCAGAAUUCACUCCUGCUGGUUGGGUGAUGUGGUCGCGGAAAUGGGUGCUCAAUGGAUAGAAGGCGGCAGUAUAGCAAAUCCAAUCUUUAAUUUGGCGUCGCAAGAAGGUUUGCUCCAGCAUCCAUUAUCCAGGCCUGAUCCAAGCCGCGGUCUAUUCUGCACAAGCGACGGACGCGCUGUAGACUUGACCACCAGUAUCACGGCCUAUCACGCUUAUCAAAAUAUCGAAAGACAAGCAAGCGCUUUGUUCAUGGCAUGCGGACGUCCACAUGGAUCAUUGCUCAAUUUCGUCGAUCUACGUAUCCAGCAGGAACUUCAUCAUUUCCCGAUAGAAUCGCGUUACGAUGCCGCUCGUGUUAUGUAUGGUCUGAGCAAUGCAUCAAGAGGCAGAUUCGGCGCCGAUUUGUCAGACGUAAGCGCCGAUCAAUAUGGAAGUUAUAUAGACAUUCCUGGAGGACGUAUACGUGUUCCCCUUGGUUACGUAGGUGUUUUAGCGCCACUUUUACGUGCCUUGCCCGACUGUGCGGUUAGAUAUUGCAAACCUGUAAGUUGUAUUCGUUGGGGAGCCGUAUCUGAUUCAGGUCCUCGAGCCGUUGUCAAAUGCUGUGACGGCGAAGAACAUCCAGCAGAUUAUGUUAUUGUCACGAUAUCUUUAGGAUGUCUCAAGCAACACUCAAGCCAACUGUUUUGUCCAGCUUUACCUGCUGAAAAAAUGGCAGCCAUAAAGCGCUUAGGUUACGGAAGCGUAAAUAAAAUAUAUCUAGAAUACGCCAAACCAUUUUGGGUAUGGCACGAGGGAGAACUCCGUUUUGCAUGGAGCGCUGAAGAAUUGUCAGACAGAACUGACUGGGGUAAGAGUCUUUGUUCUAUUGAAGAAUGUCCUAACAGUAGGCAUGUUUUAUGCGCUGUUGUCGCCGGUCCCGAAGCAGCUAAAAUGGAACUAGCGUCUGACGACGACGUCGCUGCAGUUAUAACAAGAGUCUUGCGACAAUUCACAGGUGACCCAAGUUUACCUUACCCUAAAUCUAUUUUGAGAUCUCGCUGGAGUACAGAUACCCAUUUCUGCGGCGCCCAUAGUUUUAUGGCAAUGGAUUCUACAGUGGCUCAUCAGUGUGACUUAGGUGCACCUUUGCCAGGCCCUUGCGAUCCUAUACCACCUAUAUUAUUAUUUGCUGGCGAAGCAACCAGCCCAGGACAUUUUGCAACAGUACACGGAGCUCGAUUAAGUGGCAUAAGAGAAGCAGAACGCAUAAUUCAGUUAACUAGAAAAUUUGGAGGACCACCAACAAGUAAAGCAGAUUCGACAUCUAGACUUUUCCGCACAACGCCUGCCAAUUGUGAUAAUCAGUUACCAAAAGAAAAAUUGAAUUGCCCCAUAUUAACAUUGGCGUCACUAACUGCAAAGCGCGAAAAUUCAGAAAACCAAGCACAAGUAUGUCCCAUCGAAGUUUGCAAAGAACAGCCCAAAAUUAUUAUUAUUGGUGCCGGGAUUGCUGGCUUGUCGUCGGCCAAAAGACUCACUCAAAUUGGAUUUCGAAAUAUCACAGUACUAGAGGCAACAGAUAGACCAGGAGGGCGUGUAGACUCCAGAUGGUUUGGAGACAUCUUUGCUGAUUUGGGAGCUCCUUGGACUGAAGAUUUAGAUGUAAUACCACCUUCUGAAAUUAAAACAAGUGAAGAAGCUGUAAAGAAAAUUACAGAAUCGAAACCUCAGCCAAUUGAAUCGGACACCAUCCCAUCUGGAUAUGUUGGUGGAGUUACACCUUUGUUACAAGGUUUACCUAAAGGUUCUGUUUGCUAUAAAAAGCCUGUAGAAACAAUAACAUGGAAUAAUGAUGGAGCCCGAAGGGCAUUAGUAAAAUGCGUCGAUGGGGAGGAGAUUUUAGCAGAUUUUGUAAUUGUUACUAUGUCGUUGGGAUACCUUAAAAGAAACGCACACAAGUUUUUCAAACCAGCUUUAACAUUCGAAAAAAUGCAAGCAAUUCAAGACCUAGGUUACGACAUAGUAGAAAAAGUGUUUAUGGAAUACGAAACUCCUUUAAAAGAUUGGCAUAAAGCCGAUGACUUAUGCUACUUUUGGGAUUCUGAUGAACUUGCUUCGGAAAAAGAUUGGGCAAAAGGCAUUCGAUUAAUUGAAAAAUGCGAUAAUUCCCAGCAUGUUAUUCAUGCAGUUGUAUCAGGUCCGGAUGCUACCUUAAUGAACACAGCUGCGGAUAACGAAGUUGCUUUAGUAAUAACUCGAAUUUUGAAACAAGUUUCUUCGAACCCUAGCGUACCUUUACCGAAAAAUAUAUUACGUUCGAGAUGGAGUAAUAAUCAGUAUUUUUGUGGAGCGCACAGUUACAUGGAAAAAAAUUCAAAGAUCACACAUCCCAUAUAUUUAGCAGAUUCUUUGCCACCACACAAUCAAUCAAUACCACCAGUAUUAUUAUUUGCUGGUGAAGCAACAAGUCCUGGUCAUUUUGGAUCUGUACAAGGCGCACGAAUUAGUGGCAUUCGAGAAGCAGAGCGAAUUGGACACUUGACUAAAAAAUUAUCAGAAAGUUUAAAACACGAUAAGAAAUAA